GUUUGAAGUAAACGGAAGAGCGUUAACAAAAUAGACCUUGGUUAGUUAGUUCGUUACUGCCCCUGCUGUAUUCGCGGAGAAUGGAAAAACAUAAUCAGACGGAUACAAAUCAAAAGAGGCCGAGAGAUCCUCUGGAGGACAUCUUGGUCUCUAAUGAGCUUGAGAAUGUUAUGAAGAAGAGAUGCUUGGCUGCAGAAGGAGUCGAGAAUCAGAACCCCCUGCAGCUUGUACAAAGGUCUCCAGCCAGACCACGGCAGGUGGAGCUGGAGGUGAAACCAGACACGCCAGCCAUAGCUUCAGUUCGCCUCAGGGUGCAGCAGCUCGCCCAGAAACGAGAUGGAGGGGUGGUGCUUGUCCAGCGCUGUAUGUCAGACCCAGGGAAAGAGAGUCCCUCCAGAAGCUUGCUUCAUGAUAUCUGUCACAUUGGUGAGGGUGAGUUUAGCUCUCGGUUGGAGUGCUUUAAGACUCCCACCCCAGAGAGCAGCCCUGUACCUUCAACAUCCACCUCACGCCAGCUCUCCAGCUUUGUACACAACAUGCAGCAGCAGCUCCAUGCUGCAGUGACCCCCAGCACUAAGGAGGCGUCCCGCAUCCGCCAGGCCCGAAAGGAUGAGUUGAAAUUGCUCAGAGUUCAGCCUCUUUCAGAGAACAUGUGGCUCAAGAGGAGCUUGUCUGAUCCUUCACUUGCUGAGGAUAACUCAAGCAUUGACUCAAAGGGAACUGAAUGCUGCCUAAGCUUCAGCAGUGUGAACGAGGCUGUGGAAGACUUCAGUGGAGAGAUUCAGCCCUCUUGCUCAGAGUUUUGUCCUCCAGAAGCGGUGGUGCACUGUAAGGAAGAAAUGAGCACCUCUGCCUUAAUUGACAAGAUGUUUGAAGACGUCUUACAGGCUGCUGACAAAGAAGAGGAAGCAGAGAAAAGGAAGGAGGAGACAAGAGGGAAUGAAAGCAGCCUGUCUCAGACCAUAAAGGGAGAGGAAACGGACAUGGUCACAGCUGAAACACAGCCGAAGGAGGAAUCUCUAGCUUCUAGCUGUGAAGGGGGUGAAGUGAACACAGAAGCAGCUCUGCACAGUGGGUCUGUGAUAUUGGAGCAUGUGAAGCCCAGUGAAGGAGAUGAAAUGGAUGAAUUGCCUGCCUGUGCUGACCACAGUGAGAGAGGAAGGGAGAUUAUCGAAGAGGGCAGCUCCAUGUGUAGUGAGGAAGACUUCUUAACCCUCCCACCUAGCUGUGUUCUCUCCCCUCUCAGCAAAUCUAUGGAGGCUGUUGUCACACCAUUGAGGCUGGUUGCAACUGCUCAUCCACCCAAGGUGCAGUGCGUGUCUCUAGAGGAGCUGACCAUUCCCCCUGCUCCACCUCUGUACAGCAUUGAUGCAUACCGUUCUCAGAGUAAGAACAGUCACCUGGCCUCUCAGUGUGUAACUCCAGGGGUACAGAAACAGGCUCCAGAGAAGUCUUGCAGCAGGCCAGCUAUUAACACCAAGGAGACUAUCAAGGUUCUGAAUGAAGAUGCUGCCAAGCUGCAGACCAUAAUCAAUCAGACUUUACAGGCGCUGAGCUGUUGCAGUGACCGAGAGCAUGGCAAAGGUUCCCUGCAAGAGGCUGAAGCUGAGAAGCUCCUGCUCGUUUCCAGUGAGAAGCACGCCGCCCUGUUGGCAGAGAUCAGCAGGCUGCGGGAAGGAGCAGGAGCAGAAGCAGACCCCCACGCUGGUGUAAUGCAGCCAUGCAGAGGCACCGUCAGCAUCAGCAGUGUCCAGCUGCCCCUCAAAGUGGAGUUUGUGUGCUCUGCCCGCACAGGACGCCCCGCUCACUACUUUUUCAUCCUGCUUCGAUAUGGCACCUGUAACAUCGUGGCCACCCCUCUGGCUACGGCUGCUGAUGCUGAGAAUGGAGACACUAUCACCUUCCCCACCUCCAUCACACUACAAGACAUUCGCUCUAACUUUGAAAUAGAUGUGGAAGUCUACAGCCUGUCUAGUGGUGCAGGUAAUCCCUGCACAGCUAGUCUCCAGCAGCACCGCAGCUCCACUAGAUCAAGAGUAACACCAAAGAAGCUACUCAGCACCCUUACGAAAUCCAACCCAAGUUCUUCCUCUGGUCCCCCUCUUCUAAGCUCUCGCAGGUCCAGCAACUUCUGUUUAGUGGGUUCCCACAAGAUCACCCUGGCCUCGCUGGGACAGAGCAGGUUCCCACUGGACAAGAUGAAGUUUGAGGGCAAAGUCAGGCGACUCCUUGGAGAUGAAUUUCAGGAAAAGGUGCCCUUCUUGUCUCCACUGGAGGGUCACAUCUACCUGCAGCUGCACAAUGAGAGCCAUUCUAAUGUCCAGCACCAAGGCUUUCUGACAAUGUUUGAAGAUGUAAGUGGUUUUGGAGCAUGGCAGCGUCUGUUCUUUAGGCUAGAAGGAGCUCUCCUCUUCUAUUGGAACUACCCCAAUGAAAUGGGCAGCAAGCCAGCAGAGGGCAGCGUCUCUCUGUGUUGCUUUGACAGCGUGCGUCCUGUGGAGAGGGAGACCUGUGCACGCCCUCACACCUUUGAACUGGUGAACACAAGGAUCAUGAAACAAGUCAACAGCCACAGUCUGAACAAGAGCUGGUUCUCGGCAGACACACGAGAGGAGCGGGCAGACUGGAUGGAGAAGCUGAGCCAGGUGCUGCUGGACUUCCACACAUGGAGUCAGCACCCUGCGUCCAGUGAGAGUGAUCGAGCUAACAGCUCCUCCAACACUAGAGCUUCCCGUGAGAGUGUCCUAUAAUAUUAAAUAUGCUGGGACCAAACAUCUGUGAAAGGAAAUUUGAAGGGAUUUCCUGCACUAACAUGAAGGGCAGAAGAACCUGGUCAGCUUUACAUAAGAAGGGUAAACUCAGCAUUGCAGUCCAGUAUCAGCCAGAUAGUUCUGUAGUUUCAGGUGUAUAUGUAAAUGCAUGCACUUUUUAAAUCUCAAAUGCAAUAACAGUAACAUCACCAAUAAACACGAGUGUAUAUUAAGACAAUAUUCCUAAUGAGCCAGUGUAAUUAUAAACCUAUGGAAAUACUCCAGCCUCAUUGUAAGCUCCUCUGUUGUUUUUGCUAAUUUCGAGUGGCAUAUAUCAGUGGAGGUUUUUAAAAGUGCUUCUUCUAGAUACAGCAAGGCAGUAAUUGAUUAUUCAGAGUAAAAAAAAAAGUUGGUUGUUUUAUGUCAACCAAGUUAUUGAUUAGACUAUGGCUAUUGUUGACCUUUCUUAGCACAGUAGAAAAACACUACAAGUGCGUGUUUGUUAUUGUCGUACACCCCCCGAACCCCCUUCCGGCACUACUUAUAGGAUGGCUACAGAGACGCAUACAAUCAAGGGAGCAUUAAUUUGAUUUUAUUUAAAGACGUGAAGUCCUUAAUCUAGUCUAUAUCCUAUUAUUUCUACAGAAUAACAUUUAUCUUUUUAUUUUAUUGUUCUUUAUAAGUGAGUCUCAUAUGAUUGCAUCUAUAAUUGAUCCGUAUUUAGAUUGCGUAACAUGGGUUUGCAACAUCUUUUACAUAACCUACAUUCUAUGUUUACACCAAGUUUUUUCUAUGUGCUCUGCCUUCUUUGCUUUCUUCCAAGGUAUUUCAUAUUCCCUCUGUUUUGUUUGUCCUCUGUCACCUCUAUGCAAUAUUAUGUAUAGGUACUAGAGAAUAAAUAUGGUUAUGAUGAACUUAA